GGAGCUAUGUAAACGACGUCUCGUGGGCUGAAAUGAUGCUGGAGCUUCUUCGAGCGGCGGGACACUUGCUGUUGAGCUACAGCACGAAGAGAUAAAGCCAAUAAAACCCCUCAAAAAAGCUAAAACAAACCCCAGACUCGACUCGCAUUGGUCCAAUAUGGCUUCAAAAUGCCCCAAGUGUGAGAAGACGGUGUAUUUUGCUGAAAAGGUGUCAUCGCUGGGGAAGGACUGGCACAAACUGUGUCUGAAAUGCGACCGCUGCAACAAGCUCCUGAACGCUGGAGGCCACGCUGAGCACGAUGGACGGCCAUACUGCCACAAGCCAUGCUACGCUGCCCUCUUUGGGCCAAAAGGUGUGAACAUCGGCGGAGCCGGUUCGUAUGUAUACGACGCUCCAGCCAACAACAAUGCGGCUCCCACUGCUGUGGAUUCAGCUGCAAAAGCGGAGGAAAAGCGCAACUUCGCACCAAAGGUGGCUCCAAAAGCUGGCAGCAUCACCACUUUCUCCGGAGAGGCUAACCUGUGUCCCAGAUGCAACAAAAAGGUGUACUUUGCUGAGAAGGUGACAUCGCUGGGAAAAGACUGGCACCGACCGUGUCUGCGCUGUGAGAGGUGCAGCAAGACUCUGUCUGCUGGCAGCCAUGCAGAGCACGACGGCCAGCCCUACUGCCACAAGCCCUGCUACGCCGUUCUCUUCGGGCCCAAAGGCGUCAACACCGGUGGUGUGGGCAGCUACAUCUAUGACAAGGAGCCCAGUGCCGUGACCCAGCCCUGAACCUUUAGCCUCUCCCAGCCUCACCCUCGUCUUCUCGACACCCCUAAAUCCGCAGUAUUAGCUGUAGCUUUUUUCCCCCUUUUCACUCCUGAGACGGAUCUUCUCCUUCACCCUGCCCUGGAGCUGAGCUAGCAGCGCGAGGAAUGACAUGAACACUGCCUGAAACAUGUGCCACGUUAGCAUUUUAGGUUUUUCCAAAACACAACAAAGCUGUGCAAACGCUUUGAUCGUCACGACAAACGUAAAAAAAGGCUGUAAAUGAUUUUUGCUGUGCAGGUGGAUGCAUUAAGCUGCUGCAUGCUCACAUUUGUGCACAAUGCCUGUCGAUGUUGAAUCCAGCUAACUGCAUUCUCAUAGGAAGUCCUAACUCAUGUUGCAUUUCUCUGCUGUUAUUUUCUUCACAUCUGGAGAUGUUCAUUCAUUUUUUUUCUAUAACUGUUUUAUGUAACAUUUAAUAACCGUGGAGGUAUUUCAUCCCAUAUGAAGUUUGUUUUUAGAGGCAGUUUCAGGAAUAAAAAUGUAUUUAUUGAUUUACAGGUCAGGUCUUAAGGAGAGUUUAAAAAUGCCAGUUUCAGCUGUAAAGACUAAAAUCUUUUUUUUUAUUGAUGAUUUCAUAUAAGUAAUCCUGCUAUUUUUUUGUUUUUUUUUUCCAAGAGAUGCUAUUUGAAGUAUUAUAUAUUUUUGCCACUAGCAGCUACCGUAGUUGUAGAACUGAAGACAAGUCAUUCUGUAAGAAUGUGCAUUUUGGUUGUCCUGUUGUUAGUUUUUUAGACUCUGCAGGGCUUGUUGUUUGUAGACUUGAACCGCUGCACUCCGGCCCCGCUGCUUCGUCUGUUUUCAUUUUGUGAGUAAACGUUUCUGAGAUCUGUGUCACUGCAGGAAGAUGGAUUCUGAAACCCUCGUCUUCAUCGGCUGCAAUAAACAAACACUUCAUGUGGUGCCA